AUGGGUGCCAAACGAAAGCAGCCCAGUGGGGAGACCGCUCCGGCUGUCACAAAUGAUGAGGCUCGUGCGAGCGCUGAAGGCAAUGGCAAGAAUGCACAGCAUGUGGCGGGCAACGGGGUCAAAGAAAAGAAGGAAAGGGGAAGCAAUGAGGAUCUCAAGCAGAUUCAGGCCACAUUUAAGUCCAGCCUCUUCAGGUUGCAAGUCACUGAAAUGCUGAAGGAGGUUACCGUGGAUUACUCAAAAGCGGCGGUCAUCGGCGGUGCCCUCCAAGCCCUCAAGAUCUUCCUCGACUCCAUUCCAGAGCCCGGUGCCCCUUUGUCCCCAAACUUAGUUAGCGGCUAUGCAGCCGCACUUGGGGUGCCUGCGGCAAAGCUGCAAGGGUUGAGGCUUAUGCGGCCGGCGAGGGUAGAGGUUGUAGGCAGCUUCGUUGGAAAAACGGUGGCAAAACCGGUGCAAAAUGUGGAUGUGGCGGUUGAAAUCCCCAAGGCGUUCUUCCAUGAAAAGGAUUAUCUCAACCACCGCUACCAUGCGAAAAGGGCCCUGUAUCUUGCUGGACUUGCAAAGAUUCUUGAAGCGGAGUGUAAGGCAUUCGAGUCUGCUAAGGUGGUCCCAUUCAGGGGGGACGCGAGAAAGCCCAUCCUCGUCCUUACACCAGGCAAAUCAGAGACUGGCGCUACAACAAAGUUCGUCGUCCGUAUCAUCCCGACAAUUGACCAGGGUACUUUCGACACCGUUAAGCUCGCGCCAAAGCGGAACAAUCUUCGGAACGCAAAGACUGAGAGUGGGGAGCCGCUCCCGACGCCGCAGUACAGCAACUCGAUUUUGGAGGACAUGGGGCUGGCAGAGCAAUCAAAGCUGCUCCAAUCAGCGCUUGCCACGUGUCCAGCCCUGGGAGAGGCGAUUGUGCUUCUCAAGGUUUGGGCUCGGCAACGUGGGUUCCAUGACGCGCCGGACGCAGUGAAUGGUUUCCUGCUUUCGAUGCUGGCAGCCCAUCUGACCAGCGCGGCGGGAGGGCGCAAAAUCGGCGCACACAUGACGACCUACCAGAUCUUCAAGGUCGUACUGAACGCCCUCGCGCACGUCCCCAUGCUGGAGAAGGGCGUCUUCCUGACGGACGCUUCCGGACACACGGACGUGACGUCAGCAAAGCGUGCGGCGCUGCUGGCGGCGUUUGAUGUCGUCAUCGCCGACCCGAGCGGGCGGGUCAACCUGGCUGCGCGCGUCACCAAGUCUGCGGCUGCAGAGCUGGCGAGAGAGGCUACCCGCGGGCUGGCCCUGCUCGUCGCCGACGGGGACGACAACGAGGCCUUUGACGCGCUCUUCAUGACGCCUGUCGCAUUUGCCGAACGCUUUGAUUUCUACGUCAGAGUGACGACAAGUUCCGGCGUUAGCAGGGACGAGCCUUCAACUCCGGACGUUCCGGACGCGCUGACGUCGUCCGAUGUCAGCAGCUUUCGGACGGAGGAGGACCGCAUCGAGUUGCUCGUCGCCCAGGGGCUGGGGGAGCGCGCGCUUCUGGUGCGCGCGCGCCGGCGGGGGUUGGAGCCCAGUUGGCAAUUAGAGAAGGGCCUUCCAGCAGCGGCGGAGGGCAGCGUUCUGGUCGGGGUCAGCUUGGCAGAGCCAGAUGUCGCCUUCCGAUUAGCCGACGUCGGGCCGAGUGCAGACGACAAGGAGGCAGCCAAGAAGUUCCGGGACUUCUGGGGCCCGAAGGCCGAGCUGCGGCGUUUCCGCGAUGGCCUGAUUGCGGAGACCGCCGUGUGGGACUGCCCCGACCCAACGGAGCGCCACCUUGUCGUCGAGCGCGUCGUGCGCCACGUGCUGUGCCGCCACCUCCCGACAGUCCCGGGGAAAGUCGACGUCGUCGCAGGGCAGCUCGACGAAGUGCUGCAAGAAAAUGGCACAGAUCCCGCGGGAGUGAUGCCCACUCUUCUGGACGCUUUCACCAAGUUGUCGAAGCGGCUGCGCGGUCUGACCGACCUGCCGCUCAAGGUGGUCAGUGUACAGCCCCUCAGCGCAGCCCUCUGCCAUACUGCCGUCUUCCCCCCCCAGCCCCACCCCCUCGCGUUCGACGGCGAAAAGCCCCCCCCCGAAGCGGCAGAAGCCCUGCGCUCAAAGAAAGUCCCCGCGUGCCUGGACCCUCUAGGGGUUCUGCUGACGCUGGAAGGGUCCGGACGGUGGCCGGACGCGCCCGCAGCCGUUCGGAAAAUGAAAACCGCGUUUCUGCUGCAGAUUGCUAAGAGCUUGCGAGACAACCACUCUGUCCACGUCAUCGCCGCCGAGGACGCAGUCGACGUCCUAACCGACGGGUUUGCGUUCCGGUUAGCGCUCUUUUACGAGAAAGACCCGACCCGGUUAAGGAAACCCGGCCCAGUUCCGGGCACCUCUGGUGCAAACCUGAACGGCAACACAGAACCCGCAGCGGUUAGUUUAGAAUCGGAUCUUUUGUUGCGGAGCACGCACGCCAACCUCCUCCAAGCAGUGCAAGGGCAGCACCCCGCGUUUGGCGCCACUGUAAGGCUGGCCAAGCGGUGGGUGUCGAACCACAAGUUCUCGGCCGCGCUGCGCGACGAGGCCGUCGAGCUGCUGGUGGCGUCACUGUUCGUACAUCCCGGGCCGUACGUGGCGCCCCGGACGCGCGUCGCCGGACUGCUCCGGUUCCUCAGCUGCCUCUCCUCGCACGACUGGGCGAAUUUGCCGCUGAUAGUGGAUGUGAACUCCGACCUGACGCCCGCCGACCGAGAAAACAUCCAGGCGGCAUUUCAACGGAGCCGGAAGCAGCCCGCCACCGGCCCCGCUCUUUUCCUCGCCACGCCCCACGACCCAGAGAGUGCCACGUGGACCAAUAAGCGCCCGACGCCGGGCGAGCUCCGGCGGCUGGUCGCCUACGCCCGGAGCUCCGCCGCGCUGCUGAGUCAGCAGAUCGCGGACCAUUCGGACGACGACAGGUGGCAGUCCGCGUUUCGGACGCCGCUCGGGGUGUACGAGUUCCUGGUGCUGCUGAGGAGAGACGCGCUGCCGCACCCGCAGAGGACGCUGUUCCCGGCGGAGGAGGCCCUCGGGACGGAUCACCGGAAAACAAAGGGGGAGGCCCCGUCUGCGGCUUGGCUGCCACGAUCCGCUCUGAAUAAGGGCCAUGACGUAGCGCGACAAGGCCUCCUGGUCGGGUUUGACCCCGUCACCCUUCUGAGACAAGAGGUUGAGGAACGCUUUGGAGAGUACGUUGUUUUGAGUCAAGACAAGCACGGGGCGGACGCUUUGGGUGCCACGUGGACGGCCAAAGCGAAGCAGGCGGCGCUCGAUGGUAUUGGAAUCGGGAAGCCCGUAAAACGGAGGAAAGUGCAAGGGGUGGAGAAGGGCGGGCCCAGCCCUUUCGAUGAAGCAUCAAUUUUGCAAGCGAUCAAGAGUGUAGGAAAGGGGCUCGUAAGAGACGUCCAUCUUGUGAAGGCAACAGCACCAAAGGCCUCUUGA